UUGGAAAUUACUAAAAACAUCUUUAAAGAACCUCAGCCGCCUUUUGUUUUGCAGGUUUGUUUCUCUUCUUGCACAAUCCAUGUUCAUUGCUUCUUUCUACUUAUGCUAAAGUCAACUGUGAUCUUUGUGUUUCAACAUGGACAAGUUUAGUUCCCAAAUUUUUUGAGUGAAAAUAUUAGCUUUUUGGAGAAUUGGGUGUUCAGUAUUUUGAGGUUUUCUUGAUCUGAUUUGUCUAUCUGGGGUUGUAAGGUCUUCUUGAUUGGUUUGUCUAGUUGAUGAAGUGGGGAAGACUAUGUUUAAGUGACCAUAUGUAAAGAUUCUAGCUUUUUACAGUGUUGGGUGUUUGGGUAUUUGGGUUUUUGAGGGUUUCUUGAUCUGGUUUGUCUAUUUUAGUGCCCAUAUUAGUAAAGACUCAAGCUUUUUGAGAAUUGGGUAUUUGGGUUCUUGAGGUUUUCUUGAUCUGGUUUGUCUUGUUUGUGUGAUUGGUUGAUUGGGUGUGUAAUUGAAUCUUCUUCUCUGGUAUCUUGGUAGAAGAAUUAUCUUAAUUCAUCGCGAUUUGGAGUUUGGUUUCAGCUCUGGAUUUGGCAAGACAAGAGUAGGGAUUCCAAUCUGAACUUUUGAAAUUCUUGGUUCUUGAGGCUUUCAAUAUCUAUCGAAUUGUUAUUGGAAUUUUGAAGUGAGUUGAUUAUUGAAUCUGAAUUUUUAAUUGCUUAGCUGAAGCCUGAAAGAAUCUGGACUGUAAAGUUAUUUUUAUUGUUGAGUGAGGUAGUUUCCACUUUGGUCCAGUUGGAACAGGAAGAGAACUUGACUUUCACCACGUCGAUUGUGGAGGUUGAUGCUGCCUAAUUAACACUUAUCAAUUGUGACUCUGUCUUGACUUCUUGACUUGACUGGGAAAGGAGGAGGCUUGGCUUGUAUGUGGUUUAUUGAGACAACUAAAGAAUUUGCAAUGGAUCCAUUAUAUUUUUGUUUUACGAAAUGGGGCGAAUAUGACACUUCUUACUGAAUAUGGCUGUAGUGGUCCUGUGUUUACUGUUGCUGUUGCAAUUCCCGCUAAUUUCUGCUUCUCGUCUGUUGGGACAUCACGAAGCUUGUGGAAUUUACCGAGUUGAUUAUUCAGAUGAUCUGAAUCGCCUAGUGUUCUAUGUAAAUGGCAUAUUAGUAGAAAAAGAUUUAUUCUGCAAUGCCCUCAAGUUUGAUAGGGCAGAGCACUGUGUCAUACCAAAUGUUGGGUUUCGACAUUGUGGAUUGGACUUAUUGAUUGAUGAGUUGCAUUUCAAGUCUGAAAGAAAAUUUAUACAGAAGGUGGUCAGACAAGGAUCCAACGAACACAAUUUUGAUGAUACAUCACGGAAGGUCAAGGAAAAGCAUGCUGAUGAUUUUUCAGUAACCUCAAAAAAGUUUGCCAUGGCAGUACCGGCAUUUUUUAUUCUAUGUUGUGGCUUAAUUUGCCCUUGUUUUCGCACGAGGAAGAAGGAAAUAGAUCAAUCCGCUCUUGUAAAGGAUCCUAAUUCAAUGGACUCUACGUCCUCUCUGGAGAUGAAUUAUGUUCCUGAAAAGGCACCAGGCAGUCCACUACGAGUGCCAGCUAGUCCACUUCGAGUGCCGCCUAGUCCCUCUAGAUUUAGCAUGUCUCCGAAACUCAAUAGAAUUGGGUCCAUUCACCUCAAUUUGAAUCAGGCUCUCAAAGCAACCCAAAAUUUUGCUUCAUCCCAAAAAAUUGGAGAGGGAGGGUUUGGAACGGUGUACAAAGCUCAACUACCAGAUGGGCAAAUAGUUGCCAUUAAACGUGCAAAGAAGGAGCAUUUUGAUGCUUUGAGCAAUGAAUUUAGAAGUGAAGUUGAGCUUUUGGCAAAAAUCGAGCACCGGAACUUAGUUAGGCUUCUUGGUUUUGUUGAUAAGGGAAAUGAACGCCUCAUCAUCACGGAGUAUGUACCUAACGGUACACUAAGAGAACAUCUAGAUGGUGGAAAUGGAAAAUUUUUAGAUUUCAAUCAGCGACUUGAAAUUGCAAUUGAUAUUGCUCAUGGCCUCACUUACCUUCAUCUAUAUGCUGAGAAGCAAAUUAUCCAUAGAGAUGUGAAGUCAUCAAACAUUCUCCUGACGGAGAGGAUGCGUGCCAAAGUUGCAGAUUUUGGAUUUGCCAGGCUUGGAGGCUCAGACUCCGAUAAAACGCACGUUUCAACCCAAGUGAAAGGCACAGUUGGUUACCUUGAUCCUGAGUACAUGAAAACAUAUCAACUCACACCAAAAAGUGAUGUCUACUCAUUUGGGGUAUUGUUAUUAGAAGUCUUAACAGGUCGUCGUCCUGUGGAGCUUAAAAGACCUCCUGAUGAGAGAGUGACACUUAGAUGGGUUUUUAGAAAGUACAACGAAGGAUGUGUAUUGGAGAUGUUGGACCCUCAAAUGAAGGAAGCAGUAAACGGGGAAACACUAGUGAGAAUGUUUGGUUUGGCCAUCCAGUGUGCAGCACCUACACGAAAAGAUCGUCCUGAUAUGAAGGUCGUUGGCGAGCAGCUUUGGGCGAUUAGAAUGGAUUGUUUGAGGAACGGAAGGAGACAGUAAUAUACUGCAGAUAUACUGUGAAUAUAAGUCUUCCCAAUUCGGAAUUCAACAACAGUCCAUCCGAGUUUAUAUCUCCUAGCAAGUGGACCGACUGGUAGUUUGGGACAAGUAUUUAUAGUAAGUUGGACAACUAGUAUGGGACAGAGGAAGUACUUGCUCAAUCUACCACUUAUUGUUUGUAUUUUAUUGUAUAUGUGAGCAGUUACUUCUAAGGAUUGAUGAAUUUUUUCUACAUAGAUGAAAAAUUUCCGAUUGCCAGUGGCACACGGUUUGAAA